AUGGCGCCCCCUGGCGCCGCGCCGCCGGGCGCCUGCCUGCGGUGCAGGGCCGCGGAGGCGCCCUUCCUCUGCUCGCGGUGCCGCUCGGCGCGCUACUGCUCCGCGGGGUGCCAGCGCUCCGCGUGGCCGCUGCACCGGAAGCUCUGCUCCGGCUCCGCCCAGCCGCCCCCGGAUUCCCGCGGCCGAGGCGCCGCGCCGGAGGAGCCGCCGGCCGAGCCGGCCGCGAGCAACCGCGGCGGGGAUGCGGCCGCGCCGGCGGAGACGCCGGCGGCCUGCGGAGACGGCUGCUGGGUGAGGCUCAUGCACACGGACUCCUUCCCGGGAAUGGACGCGGCGACCAUGCCCGCCGCUGACCUCGCGCUGGUCCAGGCAGAGUGCUGCAGGCGGGGGUGCGGCGGCUUCGUGGUCUUCCGCGGCACCGCCUACCUGCGCGCCCAGCCUCCGGGCCGGCUCUGCGCCGAGGCGCGACACUCACAGGGAGCGACUCUGUGGCUUCCUGCGGCAGCCCUCGCCAGCUCGAGCCUGGACCGCCUCGGCGAGGAGGCGUUCCGCCUCCCGGAGAGCCUGCCCGAGGUGCUGGUCCCCGGCGCGAGAUCGGUGGACAAGCUGAGGGGCGUGACGGAGACGGAGAUGACAGCCCGCUUCGCCUCGAGCAGGCCCGUGGUCCUCCUGGACGCGCAGGAGGCGUGGCCCGCGAGGGAGAAGUGGACCUUCGACUGGCUCGCCCAGCACUUCGGGGACGAGGAGAUGCCGUGCAGUGACCUGGCGCCCUUCUUCAAGUGGUGCGACAGGCAGGCCAUACGCACGGCGAUGGUGCCCAUCCGCGAGUUCGUGCGGUACGCGCAGGGCCGGCCCAGCGCCCUCCGCGGCAUGCAGAGGAGCGACGAGCAGGUGUUCUACGCCAACGGGUGGGCCCCCUUCGCCGAGCACCCGCACCUCCUCGAGGACGUCUCCGACAGGCUCUACUGCGUCCAAGACCGCGUCCCGCGCGGCAACGGCCCGGCUGGGGAGUUUAACAACAGCCUCACCAAGGUGUUCUUCGGCCCUGCGGGAACCGUCUCGCGACUGCACCACGACACCUUCGCAACCCACGUGUGGCUGUCGCAGAUUCGUGGCCGGAAGCAGUUCAUCGUCUACCCUCCCGAGGAGACGCCGAGAACCUGCACUGCGUCGCGGACGAGGAGAUGGACGGCAGGACCUGACCAGCCUCUUCGACCCGUCCGCCCCGGACUUCGGCACGUACCCGAGGGCCCGCAACGCGACGCCCUACAGGACGUCGUGGUCGAGGAGGGCGAGACCGUGAUCCUGCCGUCGAGGUGGUUCCACUGGGCGAAGAGCCUCACGCCGUCCAUCACGCUCAUGCGGACGAACUUUGUGAACGACACCAACGUCGCCGAGUACGUCCGGAUCCGCCAGCACUCGGACGAGUGCAAGGGCAGAGCCAGGCUGACCCGCUGCAGGGCUGAGCGGCCCUUGUCCGCGGACCCCAGCGCGAUCCGGAGAGAGGUGCUGCGACCAGGCGACGGGAAGACAUUCCCGAAAGAUGGCGACACUGUCACCGUCCACUACACAGGCGCCCUGGCGUCCAGCGGCGCGAGGUUCGACUCGUCGGUUGAUCGCGGGAAGCCGCUCGUGUUCAGGCUCGGCGUGGGCAAGGUGAUCCGCGGCUGGGACGACGGCAUCACACAGAUGUCGUUGGGCGAGAAGUCGAAGCUCCACAUCAGAUCGGACCUUCGGGGACGACUACGCCUACGGUGA